CGAAAAACGUAGCACGCAAAAACCGAUGUCGGCGGCGAUCCAAUGGACGACGGUCGGGAUGGUCGCCGCCUGGUACGGCUCCAACAUCGGUGUCCUGCUUCUGAACAAGUACCUGCUCACGAACUACGGCUUCCGGUUUCCGAUUUUUCUGACGCUCUCCCACAUGACGGCUUGUUCGGUGCUCAGCUACGUCGCCAUAGCUGUGAUGAAGGUGACCCCACUGCAGAGCGUGAAGUCAAAGGUUCAGUUCGCCAAGAUCUCCGGGCUCAGUGUCGUUUUCUGCUUCUCCGUCGUUUGCGGUAACGUGUCGCUCAAGUACCUUCCCGUGUCGUUUAAUCAGGCCGUCGGCGCCACCACCCCCUUUUUCACUGCCGUUUUCUCGUUUUUGAUCAUCAAGAAAAGGGAGGCGUCGCUCACUUAUGCCGCACUCAUUCCUGUUGUUGCAGGUGUCAUCGUUGCUAGUGGGGGAGAACCAAGCUUCCAUCUUUUCGGGUUUGUUAUGUGUAUUACAGCUACAGCUGCAAGGGCAUUCAAAUCGGUGCUUCAAGAAAUUUUGCUUUCCUCUGACGGUGAAAAACUGAACUCUAUGAACCUGCUGUUGUACAUGGCGCCAAUAGCGGUGGUGUUCUUGCUUCCUGCAACCCUGUUGAUGGAGGAGAAUGUGGUCGGAAUCACAAUCGAACUUGCUCGAAAAGAUAUCAAACUUAUUUGGUACCUCUUCUUCAAUUCUUCAUUGGCGUAUUUCGUCAACUUGACCAAUUUCUUGGUCACCAAGCAUACAAGUGCUUUGACCCUUCAGGUGCUAGGGAAUGCAAAAGGGGCAGUUGCUGUGGUGGUUUCAAUUUUGAUAUUUAAAAAUCCAGUGUCAUUCAUAGGGAUGGUGGGUUAUGCACUCACUGUCCUUGGAGUUAUUUUGUACAGUGAAGCCAAGAAGAGGUAUACUUCAAUCCAUCUCUAGGGCAAAUGUUUGGGCCAAUGCCCCCAUUUUUGCCCAUUUUUAUUUUAUUUUUGUCUACCCCCAAUGCGUGUGGGGUGAUUCGAAUUUAGAAACAUAUAAUUUCUUUCAACGUUUAAAACAGAAGUACCGUUGUAAUUACAAUGGACAUUUUCCAAGAAAAACAAAAUAGCUCGGUUGUAGUUCAUCAGCAGCAAUAUACAGGUGGUGUGAAAAACCAUUGAUUUUCACUGA